AUGGUCACCCAUACAACUGCACCGAGUCAGGUCCUUCGUUCAGACAAUGAUCCUCCAAACCAGAGGCCAGGGUUGACAGGCGAACCGCGGAGGAUAUCAUCAGAACCAGAGCGGCCAUCAACCUCUUAUUUCUCUCUGCCUCAACGGCAGUCCUCCAAUGAGUCUGCCGCGUCAGAAUCUCCUGCAGAGGUUGCAAAGGGGGCAAGGUCUGGGAAGGAGCUAUUACGCCGGCUCAGCCUUGUUGACUCCAGAGGGACUGAGGCCUUGGAUGCUGACCCGCGAACGGCCUACCCGGGUCUGCGCCUGAGUGGGAAUGUCAUCAGUGCUACUUUCUGCAUUCCCUAUCAACUUACGCAUAGGGCGAACGGUGACUGGGCGCUAUCCAAUCGGCGCGGAACCUCUGCAUUGUUUGACUCAUUCGCAUACCUCUCGUCGGACAAAACCCCCUGGAACCACACCUUGGUCGGAUGGACUGGAGAGAUCCGCACACAGCAACAGGCGAGAGCUAUCAGUAUAUUGCAAACAGAUGCGGCGUCAGCAAUAGCAGCCGCGCAAGCUCCUCACCCCAUCAACAAGUCUGCCGCCCCCUAUCCGGUCAACGGCGCCACACCAACUUCCCACAUUCCCUAUCCAGACCAUCUUCGAGUGUCUCGUUCUGACCGCCAUCGCUUGGAGAAGAUCCUGGCACAACACCCCAGUGGCAAAGUUCUCCCUGUGUGGCUACCUGAGGGCCAAGUCGAAGAGGAUGGCGAAUUCAGCUUCAAAGACCAAAGCCGGUGGCGCAAAUAUGCAGAACACGAGCUCUACACUCUUUUCCACUAUCGACACCACGGCCCUGAUGAUGGCCGCGCCGAGAAGACUUCAUGGGCAGACUACGUGCAAAUGAAUCAGUCUUUUGCCGACCGAAUCUUACACAUCUACCAACCCGGGGACAUUGUUUGGAUUCAUGACUACCACUUAAUGUUACUCCCAAGCAUGCUGCGUCAGCGAAUCCCCAACAUCUACAUUGGCUUUUUCUUGCACAUCCCGUUCCCUAGUAGCGAAUACAUGCGAUGUUUGCCGCGGAGAAAAGACAUCUUGACCGGCGCUCUCGGCGCGACCAUGAUUGGCUUUCAAUCAUACAGCUUCUCGCGACAUUUCAACUCCUGCUGCAAACGCAUCCUGGGUUUCGAGUCCAGCUCCGCAGGUGUGGAUGCAUAUGGGGCUCACGUUGCCGUGGAUGUAUUUCCCAUCGGCAUCGAUGUGGCAGCCGUGCAGAAAACAGCUUUUGGCGACCUGGUAAUAGAACAAAACAUGGUGGCCUUGAAACAUAUGUAUUCCGGCAAGAAGAUUGUUGUUGGUCGCGACAGGCUCGACACCGUCAGAGGGGUGGCACAAAAAUUGAUGGCGUUCGAGAUCUUCUUGGAACGAUAUCCAGAAUGGCGAGACAAGGUGGUUCUUAUCCAGGUGACAAGUCCGACGAGCGUGAUGGAAGAGAAAGUAGACGGAGCACACAAGAUUGAACACAAGAUCUCAAAUCUAGUGUCCAGAAUAAACGGCCAAUACGGAUCCUUGAGCCAUUCUCCAGUCCAGCAUUACCCGCAGUAUCUCUCCUCACAAGAAUAUUUUGCUCUUCUCCGGGUCGCCGACGUGGGACUUAUCACCAGUGUCAGAGACGGGAUGAACACCACCAGCUUGGAAUACGUCAUCUGCCAGAAAAACAAUUACGGCCCGUUGAUUCUGUCAGAGUUCUCUGGGACGGCAGCGAGCCUGAGCAAUGCCAUCCACAUCAACCCAUGGGAUCUAGGUGGUGUGGCCGACGCACUAAAGCAGGCUCUUGAGAUGCCCGAAGUCCAAAAGAAGAGCAAUCAUGAGAAACUCUACAACUACGUGACGACGCACACUGUAGCGACGUGGUCGAACAGUUUCCUUAAACGCUUGCUUACCAACCUCACUUCUUUCACGCAAAGCGAUCUCACACCCGCACUGGACCGCAAUCGUAUGAUCCAGCAAUGCUAUGCUGCGAAGAAGCGGCUCUUCAUGUUCGAUUAUGAUGGCACACUCACACCAAUCGUCAAAGACCCCAACGCGGCAAUCCCGUCUGACCGAGUCAUUCGUACCCUCAAGGCCCUCGCGGCCGACCCCCGCAACAACGUUUGGAUCAUCAGUGGUCGCGACGCCUCCUUCCUCGAAGAAUGGAUGGGUCACAUCACCGAACUGGGUUUGAGCGCCGAACACGGCUGUUUCCUCCGGCGCCCCGGGUCAGAGACGUGGGAAAACCUCGCUGCCGCGAUGGACAUGGGGUGGCAGAAAGAAGUUAUGGACGUCUUUUCUUACUACACAGAACGCACGCAGGGGUCAUGGAUCGAAAAGAAACGGGUUGCGCUCACGUGGCACUAUCGACAGGCUGACCCCGAUUUCGGAGCCUUCCAGGCAAGGGAGUGUCGCAAAGCGUUGGAGGAGAAUGUAAUGAAGCAUUGGGAUGUUGAAGUCAUGAGUGGAAAGGCCAACCUGGAGGUGAGGCCACAGUUUGUGAACAAGGGCUUUAUUGCACAGAGGUUGAUUAAUGAAUACGGGUAUGCGAGGGGUGAACCGCCUGAUUUUGUGUUAUGUCUGGGAGAUGACCAGACCGACGAAGAUAUGUUCCGCGCCCUUCUGAAGACAGAUCUUCCCAAAGAACAUGUCUUCGCGUGCACGGUGGGCGCCAGCAGCAAACGCACCCUGGCGACAUGGCACUUACUUGAGCCAAGUGAUGUUAUCGCGACUAUCGCCGCGUUGAACAAGACGGAAAAUUUGUAG